AAAUAUUCACACCGAGGGAUAUAAUUUCCACAUUUCAACCACGAUCUUCUGCCUCUUUUAUUGGGAGUGUUAUAAACCAACACAUUGUGACUUGGAUUUGUCAAGUGGAUUGAAAUAAGCUGGUUUUCAACCUUUUUUAUUUAUUUUAAAUCUGUAUUUAACAUCAUCCUGAAAAACACUAUCUGCAUCCUGAAGCACGGUGGUGGAAGUGUCAUCCUUUAUUUCCAUUGGGGAAGCCAUAAAUGUAAAUAAAAGACAGAUAUUCGUCCUGUACGGUAUAGAUCUAGCCUUGGUGGUGGGAAAGAAAAUGCAAAAAAAGAAAAGGGAACUAAAUAAUUGAUAAUUGAACUUUAUUAAUCUGACAUUGGAGAAACUAACCUUUGCAUUUAAUCCAUCCCCUUGGGGAGCAGUGUGACAAGAAAUGAUGGGAGGGUUUAAUCUGCUUUAUGUGACUUUCAUCAUCCCCACUCAUAAACAUGGUGGUGGCUGCAUUAUGUUUAAUAGAUUCUGGGUUUUAAACAUAAAGCAUAGCAGAUUCCACUCCUUUGCACCUUUUUCCUGUGAUGGUCAAUCACAUAUAAUCCUAUUGGAAUCUGAGUGUUUGGACUUUUUUUCAGUUAGUUUUGCACGGCCUAAUGAAAAAAAGGGGGAAAAAAUGAGCAGAGGAGCUCAUAUUCGCAGGGCAGCUCCGGCUCAGAUCUGCAGUUGUUGUUCCCUCUGCUGUGCUAAGGAUGGGGCGGGGCGCCUACAGCGACGAAUCGCUUCUCUGUUUAAAUAGUCAGGUUUCCUCCUUCGCUCACAGCUCUACGCCAUGUUGGCUGUUUUGGCUUGUUUUCAUGAGACUUUUACUACGAACCUGACAGGAGUGGCUGCAUGAAAACAUCCCCCCCUUUUCUCUUGGAGACAUUCUGUUUUUUAUUAACGCGUAAUUUGGAUGAUCGGCGCAGGAAGGACGCAUGGUGACUUUUCAUUUGGAGGGAAUACUACUUUGGAAUAACAAUCUUUAAAGGGACCCACGCCUCAUUUUUUUUUUUUUUUUUUUUUCUUGCUGCGGUUUCUUUGGUUUUCUGUCGUCUUAUGUGCAACAAGAUGUCAGAGGUUCGGCUUUCUAACGCGAGUCCCACGGUGGAGCGCGUGGACGCGCGGCAGCCGGACAGCACCAGGUCGGUGCGCAGGGUGCUGUUCGGCACACCUGACCCGGAGGAGACGCGCAGGCAGGCGGAGGCUCUGCAGCAGCAAGCCGUGGACGAUUUCACGGAGAGGUACAACUUCGAUCCGGUGGAGGACAGGCCGCUCUCUCCGGGGGAGUACGACUGGCAGGAGGACGGAGACGCGCCGGAGUUUUACCGGAGGCCGCCCCGGGGGAGCAGGCCGCCCAGCGGGGAGGCUGCAUACACUUCUAACGGUUCACGGAAACGACCUGCAGGGAAUUGCUCUGAGGACUGCACGAGUCAAAAGAAAAAGUCGCAUUCCGAUGAAGACGACGACGAUAAAGGUGCAGGAAGCCAAAGAGUGCAGAGAGCCAGCAGGCCAGAGGAGGAGGACCCGAGCCCCCCGGUGCCAGCGCAAUGAGACCUGUCGCCUGUGGAACACCGUGGGCUUCCUCACCAUCUGACAGAAGACGUGGAGAGAAACAUAGAAAAACAAAGCAGCUUUAUCCCAGAAGGGAGGAGGAGGAGGAGGAGGCUGCACAAGCACUGAAUAUGUACACUAUCGACUUUUGGCACUCUUAUUUUUCUAUGAUAAAAAUGCCUCAAAAGCAGCAGACAAUUGUAGCAGUGUGCAAAUUGAUUUUUGCUCAUAUUUUUAUAUAUAUAAAUAUAUAUAUAUAUAUACUACCUAUGUUUCAGAUGUAGCAAAUAAUUGGUUUUAAUACCUUUUUUUUCUGUAAAAUAUGUCUGUGUGACUUUGACUUGGGGAACUGCAGUGCAAUUCCCAUCAGAUAAAUUUGAAAGUUAUUUAGUAUAAAAAAAAUGCUAAUUUGUGUCAUUAUUCAGGUAUUUUUAUGUUUCGUUUUAUUGUAGAAAAAGAAAAAUACAGAUUUCAAACAUCAGGGUUACGUGGAUACAAAAUGUUAACUUUUUCUACGGUGUUGUUAUUGAAGGCCCGCAUGCUUCCCACUUUAAAUUUGUGGAUCCAUGCAACUGGGAACAGGCAUGAUAGAUAAAGUUUACAGCCUUAUUCCCUAUUUUUUUAUUUUUUUCCAAAUGGGAUCAGGUCGGGAGGGGGUCGAAAUUCUGCCUUUUUAUUUUGGGCUUUUUUUCUCUUUCUCUCCUGUGGUUAAAACUGCUGAGCAAUAUUCAUCAUUCUUUGAAAAA